GUUCGAACAUAUAAUGAAAUACGAAGUCCAGUGACUGGGAAAUAAAAAAAAUAUUAAAUACAUGAUGUCUGUACCACCGCAUCUACUUGUCAGCCUACUCGAGUUAUCCCAGUUAUUAUGCAGCAGAUUAUUGGGAUUAUUUUCGUUUACUUUUUGCGCAUGACACUGAGCGAUGCGCAGUAAAAUUGUAAUUAAAAUUUUAUGAGGUGUGUCCAUCAAUUCUGAUCACUCCAGUCUGUUAAUUUACAUAAAUCAAUACUCAAUAGUUGGUCCAGUUAGUAACAAUACACUAAAAAGUACACAACAAUCUUUAAUAUCAUCAAAAAAUCAUUCCAAGUAAUAAAAAAUAAAUUACAACAUGGGGAAGCCUGAUGUAACUAAUCAAAGUGAUGAUGAAGCUAAAGAAAAAAUGCUUGAUGAUGGAAAAUUGACAUCUGCUUGUGGAACUCCCGAGGUAAUAUUUAUGUCAGAAAAUGGAAAAACUAAAAUAAACGAUGAAAAUUUGAGUCAAGUAUUGUCAGGCAUGUGUAAAGAAGAAUUAAUGUCAUAUGCUAAUAAUUCAUUUUGGAUUAAGCUAAGAUGGUUAUUAUUUAUUGGAUUCUGGAUAUUAUGGUUUGCAAUGCUUGCUGGUGCUGCAUUAAUAAUCAUUGGAGCUCCAAAAUGUACAUCAACAUCAACAAAAAAAUGGUGGGCUAAAAGUCCAAUUGUACAAUUAGAACCAUUAAAUAUAAUUGGAAAAAAUAAUGGAAUUUCUAUUGAAGCCUUACUUGAUAAUUUAAAAAAACAAAAUAUUGAUAUUAUAUCAUUAAGUUCAAUUUUAUCUGAGACAAGUAAAAAUCAUGUUACAGAUUUUAAUUCACUUAAUUCAAAUAUAACAAUAAAAGAUUUAGCAUAUUUUAUUGAUGCUGCUAAAAAUCGUAGUCAAAAAGUUAUCAUGGAAUUUGAUAUAAAUUAUUCAUCAAUAAAUCAUAGUUGGUUUGUUAAUUCAAUUGAACGUAUUGAACCAUAUACAAAUUAUUAUAUAUGGUCUGAUGGUAAAAAUGGUACAGAACCACCAAAUAAUUGGUUAAGUAUAAAAAAUGGAUCAGCAUGGGAAUGGAAUGAUAAAAGAAAACAAUAUUAUCUUCAUCAAUUUGAAAAAACUCAACCUGAGCUAAAUUUUAGCAAUCCAUUAGUUGUUGAUGAAUUUACAAAAACAUUAAUAAAUUGGAUUAAAUUUGGUUUUAAUGGUUUUCGUUUAGGUGGUACACAAUAUUUAACUGAAGAUCCAAAUAAACGUGAUGAAAUACCAAUUAGAGGACCAGCAAGAUCACAAAUGUAUGAAUCUUUUAAUCAUGUACAUACUAAAGAUCGACAUGCUGAUAAUAUUUUAAUUAUUGCUAAAUUACGUAAUGCUGUUGAAAAUAUUACAAACAAUGAAGGUUUAUUUGCAUUUAAAGAUGAUACUGGUGAUGAUGCAAUUGCUAUCUUUGAUGAUAACAAGGUUAAAAUUAAUUUACCACAAAGAUCAAAUUUUAUUUCAACAAUUGAUAAUGAAAUUACAGCAGAAACAUUACAAAAAGGAAUUAUACGAGCAACAAAUGGUGAAUGGCCUGGUUGGAACUUCAACGGAGAUGGUGCGUCCUUGAGAAGUCGUUUAGGAGACUCAACUGCUGAUAGUUUAAUUUUAAUGAGUUUACUACUACCUGGUACACCAAUCCUAAAACUCAAUGAUUGUCUAAAUGAUACAUCAGCAUUUCCAAAAGUAACUGCUAAACGUAAUGAAGAUACUUUUCUCUAUGGUGGCUUUAAGCCAGCCAUCAUUAAUGGAACAGUUUUCACCUACAUCAGAAUAAAGAGUGGUCAUCCAGGUUACUUGAUUGCAUAUCAAAGUUCAGAUAAUCAAGUUGACAUUGAUGUUACAUCAAUGCCUUUUAAAACCUCAGAGUUGACUGUUCUUGCACACAGUCGUAAUUACAAUCGUAAUGUGACAUCCUUUGCGGAAAAAAUGUCACCAAAGAAAAUUCCAAUUUCUCCAAAAAGUACUUUGAUCUUGUCAUUUAUAAAUGGAGAUUAAAUUGUUCACUUGAAUUCCUGAUUUAAAUUCAAUCAUUAAUUAAAUGAUAAUUAAAAAAAUAAUACUGUACUACUAGAUGUAACGAUAUUGAAAAAAAUAAAUACAAUGAAUAUUAUUAAAAAUUUAUUUCCUUUUUUUUUUU